CAAGAAAAAUACGAGGUACGGCAUUUCUGUUAUGUGCUGCAUGUUUGACCAGUUGGCUGUUUGUCACAGAUAAGGUGUAUGUUCAGCCGUUAUGUCAUUCUUCUGAAUUAAGUUCAUCCUACAACAUAUCUACUGAGAUUCUUCCCUGGCACAUUGUUGAAAAUAAAGUAAAAAAUGUACAGCUUGGAGGACGCUUUACACCUAAAAAUUGCAUAUCUAUGUGGAAGAUCGCAAUUAUCAUCCCUUACAGGGACAGAGAAAACCAUCUAAAGGUGUUCUUGAGAAAUAUUCACCCGUUUUUACAACAACAACAACUUGAGUAUGGGAUAUUUGUUAUUGAAAUGCCACCGUAUGCAGCUUUCAACAGAGGACUAUUAAUGAAUGCCGGGUUUGAAGAAUCAUCGAGGCUAUCUAAUUACAACUGUUUUAUUUUUCACGACGUCGAUCUUCUGCCAGAAACCCUUAGAAAUGAGUACAAAUGCAGUGACCACCCUAAACAUAUGGCAACUGCUAUUGAUACAAGAAAUUACACGUAA